CCUUCAGACAUUUGGCGGCAAAUUGCGACAUUGUUUUCACGGGGAAAUUUGUUUGAGGUUUUCAAAUCCAUUGUUAACAUGUUCAGGGGUUGGAUUUCUUCAGUUUCUUCCAAAAUAUCCAGGGCAUUAGGUGGUGCACUGGAUGCAGAGUUGGAGAGCGAAGAAGACGUCAACACGUCGUCUGAGAUAGAACACAUUGAGGAGGGGGAGCUAGCAGAGCACACUACCACUGCCCCAGAGAACUUGACCCCAGAGGAGGGGGGUGACAAGGUCACUGGGGAUGUGUUCCCGGGGGAGGAGGGUGAGGGUCGGGCGGUCACGACAGAAGAAGCCGUGGACAGUAGAAACAUACCACCUGUCGUACAUAACACCUCAGGAACCUGUGUGGAUAUCUGUUCAGAGGAAGUAACAAAUCAGGCUGAGGAUGAGGGUGCAGGCUCAUUCAUUGUGGUAAGGGAGGACGUGGAAGUUAAGAGACCAAUGGGAAUGGAUAACUCGGCCUGGGAAAACAUCUCAGUGGUCCAGGAAUCCAGUCCUGAGAAAGUCGCUAACUCAUCCGAGUCAAGUCCUGUCAGAGCGGAAUCGUCUGAGUCGAGUUCUGUCAGAAUAAACUCUACAUCAGAGUCUAGUCCUAUUAGAGUGGAAUCAUCCGAGUCUAGUCCUAUCAUAGUAGAAUCAUCCGAGUCAAGUCCUAUAAGAAUAGGGUCAUCCGAGUCCAGUCCAAUCAUAGUUGAUUCAUCCGAGUCAAGUCCAGUUAAAGAAGAGAAAACUGAGUCAAGUCCAGAAAAAACUUUUGAUUCGUCUGGAAGUAUUGAAGUCAUCCAUAUAGAGGACUCGAAUGUGGUUUCAGAGGAAAAGAAUGAACAGCCCAGACAAUCCAUGUCUGAGAGUAUUGUGAUCAUUGAUGAGGAGGUCAAACGUCAAUCAGAGCCUCAUUGUGGAAGUGACCUGGCAGUCACAGCAGCCAUGAUGGAGUCUGUGUGCCGAGAUCUGGAUGGGACCAAUAUAAGCAAAUUAAGCAAAGCUGAAAAGACAGAUAGUGGAGCCGAGGGUACAGUAGGUUCAGAUGAACUGACAAGUAAACAAGGUUCAGAGGAGAAUGUGAUUCCAGAGGGAGUGAGGAACAGAAAGAUCUCAGAGGUCCAGGAAAUCAGCAUGCUUCUGUCAGAGGAGGACACGUCUAUCAACGUAGAGGAGCUGUCUCAGAAGUCCUCACAGAGUAAAGGGGAUGAUCAGGGCAGUGAAGAGAAGGAGGAAAAUAUCAGCAACCAACAGGACAAAGAGGGCAAAGGCGUGGAGGAGCUAUCUCAGAGGUCCUCUCAGGGUAAAGGGGCUGAAAGAAAAGAGGAGCAAAAUAUCAGCAAGCAACAGGAUGAAGAAAAGGCCUCUGAGAAGCAAGAGGAGGGGAAUAAACCAGAUCAUGAGACCAAAAAGACGCAGAAAGGAGAGAAGACCAAGUCUACAGAGGUAGAACCGGAGGACUAUCUGGAAUUUGUUCUACAGAAGACGGCACAAGGGGAGGUAGUCCCUGCCAAACACCUCAUCUAUAAACUGGGCCUGCUGAAUGUGGACCAGAAAAUCAUUGAGUCGGCCAUACUAGACCAGUACAAAAUCGCUGUCAAACGCAAGUUUGUGGUUUGGAUUGAACACUGUCGGUACCACGCUGAGCUUCUCUUCUCUCCUCCCUGGAUAGCUGAUCACUUGCCAAAACUUGGUAGUAAUAGUGCAAAGGAAAAGAAAAGAUGGCAGGCUAGAAACCAAAGGAGGGCCAAGAGAUGGGAAAGAGAGGCCAGUGGUAUGUGUCGGGACGUGAGACUAGAGAAAGACCCAAACAUUGACAUAGUGAGGGAGAACGCUGCAGGUGACCUGGAAAAAGUUACUGACAAAUCUGGUGAAGACCAUAAGACUGACAUUCUGAGUGAGGCGGAUAUUCAUGGUGAAGAGCAAAGUGAGGAAGCUAAAGCAGAAAAAGCAGUCUCAGUUGAGGAUAAAAUUAAAGAAAGGAGCAAUGUAAGGCCAGUUGACAAAUCUAGUGCUAAUCAAGAAAACAAAGACAAAAUUGAAGAAAUGGUUCAAAAUGUUAUUGAGGAAUCUAGUGCUAAACUUGUAUGUCCUGCUAGGAUUGCUGAAGAUGACAUACAGAAGAUUGACACACCUAGUGCUGACAAAUUUUUUGGAGAAAAUCGUGACCAGAGAGAAGUCUGUGAAACCUCUAAAGAACUAAAACAAAAUGUACUAAGUACUGAAACGCCUGUAAUAUCUGCAAGUCUUAACGAGGCAGGAAGUGAAACUGGGUACAAACCUGGAGCCGCUGUUAAACAAGUUGAUGUGGUGCAUAGGAAGAAGGUAUCGCCAUGUAAGAAGGGUAAAUCUGUGAAAGCCAGGGAUAUUGACCUUUCUGCUUGUAGAAGAGAGGGCAAGGAGGCGACUGAGGAAAGAGAAUCUCAUUCUGGAAGAGAAAGGAGAAAAUCUGACUUGUACGAUAAAAGGAAGGAUAGAGUAGAUGAUAGUGUGUCAAGGGAAUCGAAGAAACCAAAGACUGAGCAGGAAUCAAUGGUUCUUGAAUUGUCAAUGAAACAGAGCAAAGGUGAAGAUGAGAACAGAUUAAGAACAGGCAAACAUGACAUUGAAUCAGAAAAUAAAGUAACAAUUCCCAGUGAUUCAGACUUGUUCAAGGAGGUGGAAGAAUAUGCUAAUGAAAUUAUUCAGUCCAGUAUUGAUGUGUUGAGCCUUGAAGAAAACAAACCAACAGACACUAAUUCAAAUAAUGGACAGCAUCAGUCACGCUCAACUGAGAGAGUAGACGAAAUGAUACCAAACUUGGCAGAACUGUCGAUGGAGUCUAAAAGUGCUCAGCAAGAAAACGUAUUGACAGCUGAUGAAUCUUCUAGGCUACCAGUAUUUAGUGAAUUGAAUGAAGCAGGAGAAUCAGAAAAUCAAGAUUUCAUAUAUCCUAGCAUACAGCAGGUGAUGUUUGAGGACAGGUCAGAGCACAUGACUUCUAGUAUAUCCAGUUUUACAGAGACAGAAAUUGACAGUAGUCCAUUCCUGAGAAAGGAAUCCGAACAAGAAAUGCUGACAACUGCCCAUAGAUCACCACUCGCUGAGUUUUCAGAUUCUGCAGCUAAUGAGAAGGUGUUGGACGACAUAGAAAAGAGCUGUGAGGAAAGCAAACCUGAGUAUAGCCACCUAGAGACAGAUCCAGGUACUUUAUUAGUCAGCCCAGAUUAUGUAGUGUCACCCAAGUUUGAAGUUCCACCAAACACGCCUGCUUCUGGUAGUGCAGAAAAUUCUCAGCCUGCUAAGUUGAAAAAUCUCAAUUUCAUGCAGAACAAAGCCAAACUAGAAAAAGAAGUGGCUGAUUUGUUGUCUGGAUUGACAUUGAAAUUCAGGCAUCCAGUUGGGUCAAACCUAGAAGAAUUUCAACCCAAUGAUUCAGAUACUCAUACAAAGAAAGAUGAUGAUAAUUAUAGUUCUUUGAAAAGUAAAAAAAACGAAGUUAGUGAUGAUGAUAAAGAUCAAUCCAUUCAAACUGCAGAUAGUGCCAUAAUAUCAGCCAACAGCUUUGACACAUCUGUAGAGGAACUGGAGAAGAUAGAUAUUUGUGUGAAGCAUGACCUCAGUACAGCAGAGGAAGGGAGGUGCAGUCCAGAGGAGUACCUGUCUCUGUUACAACAGGUGCUCCCUAAUGUAACAUCCAUCACCAAGCUGAAAUCGGAGCAGGACCAUGGUGAUGUUCAGUGUAAUGUUGUCUCAUCUAGCAACAAUGCAGAAUGUGUUCAAGAGAGAGAUUCUUUGUUAACUGAAGAAAGAAGUGCUAAUAUGUGUAAAUCACCCACAGAAAUUGUCAAUGUUUGUGAUUUGUCUGUGGCAGAGAACGUUGAAGUUCCCUGCAAGUUACCUAAUGAUACAGAAAAGAAAAUUUCUAUCGAGAAGGCUACUGAGGUGCUGGAAGAGGAACUUGAUGCUGAUCAAGAUGUGUUUACUUCUAGGGAUGAUCUUGCUUUGGAAGACAGAGCCAUGAAUAGACCAGAGGACCCCCAUAACUACUGUCUCAGUCAAAGCGAUGGAGCAAGACUUUUUAAAAGUAUGUACGAAGUCAAGAGACCUGAGGAUUCUCUUGAUGGCGUCUACCAGCCUGAUGUUACAAAGAAACGCUACAAUUCUGCUAAAUCCUCCACCUCUAGGAGCAGUGAGAGUGAGGGACAAUUUACCAAACUGAAAAUGUCCAGAAAACUUUCCAAGUCGGAUGAAAAAUUGAAACAGACCUCAAAACCUCCCUGGAAUAGUAACACUAAAGUGGAUCAUGGGAAGACUGGAAACAUUACACCCUCAAGAAUACCUAAAGCUUGUAAAACUAAAUCAGGGAGUCUAUCAAAUACAAAGCAGAUGGUGGAGAAGUCGAAAUCAGUGAAGGGGAAAAGUGAAGAUUUACCUUUAGAAGCAAAAGCAGAAGUUCUGAACAAACACUAUGGUGGAGAUGUUGGCAGCACUGAUGAUGCAUAUCAGAAAAUUGACAAAGAUAAGCAUGGUCAUGUUGCAGAUGACAAGAAUGCGUUUUCAAAAGACAGCCUGAAGAAACAGUCUGCAAUGGAGCGGUCUGUCAGUUCAGAGAAAAGAAGGAAUGCCGAUCAAGCUCAGAAGGUUCUGUCUGAAAUAGAGAAAGGAAGAUGUGAGAUGGAUCAGGUGGAGAGAUCCCUGGAAGCCAAAGUGGAUUCCUGUUGUCAAUCUGUCCAAGCAAGUGGAAAUGUGGAGGAGGAAGAAAACCAGAUACCUACAGCAUCUGCAUCCACUAAAGAGAAAUCUGUACCCAAGUGGAAGAGCAAGAACUCCAAAAAGAGCAAAGGUCGACAAAAGAAUCGGUGGUGAAAGUGCAAAGAAUUUGUACCUGGACUUCAUAUUUUUUUGUUGUUGAAUCAGUUCUCAUUUGGUCAGUAUUAUUCAAACUUUGAAAUCUUUUAUUCAUACAGAGUUUUGUAAAAGAAUCUUCACGAUAAUAAAUAUAUUUUGAGCUUAUAUUUUUUACAUUUAAAACGUAAUAAAGCAAAUCCAACAGUUACAUGAA